AGCCUUGCCAGGAUUGCUUUCUAACCCAACUUGGUUGUCCUGGAAACCCGGCAGUUCGACGAAAAACACAACAAGCUUGACAGGAAAGGCACAGAACUCUCUCUAAUAAAAGAAUUAUUAAAAAAUAAACAAUAAACUAACUAAUAAAUUAAUUAAUAAAUUAAUAUUUGAGGGAUGCCCUAUUCCGUUGCCCCCCACCGGGCCAACUUGCUGCUCCAGAUGCUCCUCCAGGCCAACGUCUACGUCUCCGUGGUCUGGGCCAUGAGCUUCCUGAUCCACCUGCUCAUUAGGAUAAACCAUUUGUGGAACUGGGAUGGCCUCACCCUGCUGGUGGCCUACCUCCUGGCCGUAUCCGCCGAGUUCAUGCGCCUGUACGCCGGCUACUCCGUCAACCUGUGCUCCGGGGCCACCGCCAUGUGGCUCCUGCUCACCGUCACCCCCUGCAUCCUGCUGCCCGCCAUGGUCUUCCUCCGCCUGGCGGUUGCCGGCCGCGGCCUGUGGCUCCGGAUCAUCUCGAAUGCCGUUUUCGCCCUGAUAGCUCUCGAAGUAAUGGUGGCUCUGGUCCACUUUGUGUUCUGCAAGCCGUUCCGAAGCCAGAAGUCCAACCUGCCCGGUGUCCUGGUGCGCCUCGAGAGGAAGAUGAACGAGGAGAAGGAGCUGCCGUUGGAACUGCCGGAGGAGUACCUGCCCGAGGAGCAGCUAUCCCCCAGUUCCAGCGAGCAGAGACGUCGCGCCCGCCGAUCCCCGGAAUCAAAGUGAAAAUAAAAAAAAAUCUCGCAAGG